AUGAUGUGUCCGGAGGAAGAGGAGGCUCUGAGUGACCGGUCCAUGGGAGAACCCCUCACCUUUGGACCUGAGAGACAAAGCUCGGAGGUUCAGGUCCAGCAGAAGGAUCUGGACUCUGAUCUGGACUCUGAUCUGGACUCUGAUCUGGACUCUGAUCUGGACUCUGAUCUGGACUCUGAUCUGGACUCUGAUCUGGACUCUGAUCUGGACUCUGAUCAGGACUCUGAACCGGACCAGACGAUCCCAGACUCCUGGUCCUGGUCCCAGACCAGGGACGGAUCCAGAACUGGACGCUUUCCUUGUGAGAACCAGAUUGAAGCGGAUUCUCCGGAGGACUUUCUGGUUGAAUAUCAGACCAGUCUGAGGAGCAGAUGUGAACAUGUGACUGAAGGAACUGAUGAACCAGGAAGUAGAACCCCCCUCAACAGGAUCUACACGGAGCUCUUCAUCACAGAGGGACUGAGUGAAGAGGUUGAUACCCAACAUGAGGUGAUGCAGCUGGAGACAGUUUCCAGGAUGAAGAGCCUCCAUGACGCUCCAAUCAGGUGCCAGGACAUCUUUAAAGCCUUACCUGACCAACGUGGAGCCAUCAGAGUGGUUCUGACCAACGGCGUCGCUGGCGCUGGGAAAACCUUCUCGGUUCAGAAGUUCUCUCUGGACUGGGCCGAGGGCUGGGAGAACCAACACGUCACCGUGGUGAUUCUGCUCUCGUUCAGGGAGCUGCACCUGAUCGGAGAUGAGCAGCUCAGUCUUCUCAGGCUGAUCCAGGUUUUCCAUCCAUCGUUCCAGAAGCUCACAGCAGAGCAGCUGGCUGCCGGGAAACCGUUGUUCAUCUUUGACGGCCUGGAUGAAAGCAGACGUUCCCUGGACUUCUACAACGGUCCGGUCGUGUCUGACGUCACACAGAGCUCAUCGGUCAACGUGCUGCUGACCAACCUCAUCCAGGGGAACCUGCUUCCCUCAGCUCUCAUCUGGAUCACCUCCAGACCUGCAGCAGCCAAUCAGAUCCCUCACAAACACGUGGACAGGGUGACAGAAGUACGAGGCUUCACCGACGGCCAGAAGGAGGAAUACUUCAGGAGGAGGUUCAGGGAUGAAGAGCGGUCCAGCAGCAUCGUCUCCCACAUGAAGACAUCCAGAACCCUCCACAUCAUGUGUCAACUCCCGGUCUUCUGCUGGAUCACUGCUACAGUUCUGGACCACAUGUUGACCACGGAGCAGAGAGGAGAGCUGCCCAAGACCCUGACUGACAUGUUCUCCCACUUCCUGCUGGUCCAGACCAAGAGGAAGAGGAACAAGUACCAGGAGGGACAUGAGACGAGUCCACAGGAGCUGACGGAGGCUGACAGGGACGUUCUGCUGAAGCUGGGGAGGCUGGCGUUUGAACAUCUGGACAAAGGAAACCUGUUCUACCCAGAAGACCUGGAGCGGUGUGGUCUGGGUGUCACGGAGGCCGCGGUGCACUCAGGGGUCUGCACCCAGAUCUGCACCCAGACCUCCAGGACGGGGGUCUUCCAGAGACCCGUCUACGGCUUCGUCCACCUGAGCCUCCAGGAGUUCCUGGCUGCCGUCUACGUGCUCCACGCUUACGCCGCCCAGAACACCGGGGUCCUGCAGGACUUCCUGGUACAGGACUUCCUGGUCCAGGACUUCCUGCAGGACCCCGGUCAGGAGGGCAGAACUAAGGACUCGGACCCAAGGGUCCCCCCUCUGGACGUCUUCCUGAGGAGAGUCAGGGAGACGUCCAGCCGGAGGGGGGACGGCCUCCCGGGUUCCUUCGUUGGCUUCCUUCACGGCUUGUCCCUGGAGUCCAACCGGCGACCGUUGGGAUUCCUGCUGGGUCAGACGGGGACGGGGUCGGAGGUCACCCGGAGGGUCGUCAGCCAGCAGAGACACGUCUCCCUGGAGAAGCAUCGUCCUCCAGGGUCUGGUGGAGAUGGGGGACCGUGA